GGGAGUGACAUAACCGCAUCUGCAGAAAACAUGCACGGUUUUGUAAUCCUGUAGAAAAUACGUAUUUUUCACUUAAAAAUCUUAUUUUUAUCUAUAAAACAACAAUGAACCACUUGUGCAAAUCAUUCUCCAAGUUUCCUCUGGCACCAGCUUCCCGGAUCGCCGCGGUAAGUCGUCUUUUCUCAACGAAUCAGUGCUUACUGCAAGGAAGCAGUUCGGCUGCGGCUAGUGAGACGAGCGAAAAAAUCGUCGUGCCCCGGCGGAUAGAGCGCGGUCCCACGGAUGUGCUGAAUGCUCUGUCGAGCACGGUUGGAUUCGAUCCAACCGCUGCCCAUUUCAAGUACCACGACGAUCCCUACCUGAUACCGACGUCCAAUGUCGGGAAGAAAACGUUCGCGAUGGCUCAGGAAUCCGGUCGGAAGGCGGCACUCUGGAUCCGGCAGCAAAACGCCAAGCUGUUCCAGCACAAGGAAGCUGACCCGCCGGUGGCGGCCUUCAUUCCCACGAUGGUUUACACCGAGGAGAGUCAGGUGGAAGUGACCGACCUCGAAAAACUGAUCGAAAACGUGGACGUAAAAGAUGCCGUUUUAGUUUACAACCUGCUGAAGAAGAACAACAUCGAAAUCCGGCCGGAGCUGAAACAAUCGUUAAUGGAGCUUUUGUGUUUCUUCAACCAUGAGGAAUCGCUGCCGGAGGAAUUCAUCGAAGAGCGCUGGUUCCGACAGGGAGUAACAGAGAAGGGUCGUCAGAGGAAAACCUGGAAAGAUUUUGAACUGGCGGAAACGAUUUUCCACGAAAUUGAGGACAAAAAGCCCGAGCACUACUGUACGCUGAUUCGGGGAAUGGCAAAAUACUUCCAGGUUGAAAAAGCAUGGGCCUUAUACCAGGAGACCGUUGAGAAAGGAAUCCUGCUGGACACGAACACCUUCAACAGUUUGAUUCAGAUCGCCUCGUUCCUGAAAGAAAGUUACGAAAUGCGAUGGGAUUUGGUUUGUGAAGUUUUAACGAUGAUGAAAAAUCAAGGCUUGAAGCCGAACAUUGGAACGAUGAACGCUGUUCUGCAGACUAUUACUACUAUUGGGGGUUACAACCAUCCGAGAAACUAUGCUCUGAAGACACUGUCGGAGUUUAAGAAGCUAGGAAUUGAACCAUCCUUGGCAAGCUGGUACUACAUGCUGGCAAUCUUCUGCCGCGAACGUGGUCCGACGAGCCACAUUUUGCACGACAUUAUGAACGAAAUCGAGAAUAAGGAAUUCACGAUUCAGGAUCCCAAGGAUACAUUUUUCUUCGUUACAGCCAUGGAUGUUUGCCGCCACCAUUUGCACGAUAAAGAUCUGGCGAAACGAGUGAACAAAUUGCUUCAUUUCAAGGAUAAUUACAAUUUGAUCGGUGAUUCGUACAAAGAAUCUAUCUACUACAGGAACUUCUUCGCCAUUCUUUGCAACACCGAACCGCUGGAAACGUUCAUGGAGACUUACAACUUGCUGGUCCCUAACGUCUACAUUCCGGAACCAUCGGUAAUGGAGGACAUCCUUAAGUCGAUAGAUGUGAACGGUGCGUCGGAUCUCCUUCCGCAGAUUUGGUCGCACAUGAUUCAGUUCGAUCACACCGGUCGCGAGCACCUGCUGAAUCUGAUUCUCCAGAUCAUGAUCACCAAUCCGCCGGAAAAUCCCGAGCUUGGAGAAAAAUUCACCAACAUUGCUUGGAACAUGUACACUCGAUUGGAGGAACAGCUGGCAGCUGAAAGUGGCCGCAACCAGCGGACCAGUGGGCUAUCCGGUGCCCUUCUUGGGGACAUUCUCACCAUUUGCUGCCGCGGAAAGGACUUUGAGAAGGCACAAGCCCUGUUCGAGAAAAUAAACAACGAGCAGAAUUCGAUCGUCGGAGAUCCCAAAGUGAUGGCCAUGAAGGCAUUUAUUGAACUGUGCAUUGAGGAGAAGAAGCCCACCCUGGCGGUUAGUUGCUUGCAGUACUGUGCGGAAAAUGGUUUCUCAGAGAGUGCCGAGCUGGGGCGACUCAUCCACGGUUCGAUGACGCUGAGUGAGGUGCACUUGGAGAAGAUCAGACGGUACGUUGGGGCAGAUGUCUUGAAGCCCGUCAAUAAGGGUGCUGUGGAGGAAGGUAAGUGAAUGUAUGUUAGUUGGGUAGACUAGGGAAUAGAUGAAUGAUGCUUUGAGUCGAUUA